CACCGGAAGCCGGAAGUGAGGUAGAGACGUCGACGCGCACCGCUGGUGACCGGGAUUUCAACCUUGCACUGCUGCAGUGAAACAGCUUCCAGCACUUUGAUUAGAAAACCUUCUCCAGUACGAAGCUCAUAAACGCCCGGUGGCCGGUUAAGCUCUUCCGCGUGCUGUGCCAUUAAGAAUUGCGGUCUGUCGGCCUUCCCUGAAAUACAGGUACGGAGUAACGGGACCAGCCACCUCUCCGGUUUCUGUAAUUCGCCGUGCCAGCGUGCUGACACCCAUGCGGACUUUGAACCUUGCUUGGACAUGGAGGAGUUACUUCACCGCAGCUGUGAACUGUGGCCGCGAUUACUCCCCCUGCUCAGCGGCCUGGACUGUGCUGCCGAGAAGGGCUUACUGUGUGGAAGCAACCCUGAGACAGCAGAUGGAGGAUCUGACGGAAAGGGAGAGAAGGGGCCUAGAUAGGCUGUACCAGGGACUGCUGCAGGGUCAGCGGGCCUGCCUGGCAGAGUCCAUCACCCUGGUGGAGACACAGCACCCCCACAAGAAGGUGCUGGCCCAGAUACUGCUGCAGCAAGUCCUGGCCUACAGGAAACGGCAGGAAGAGCUGAAGGGCGGCAAACCGCUGGCUUUCAGAGUGGGGCUUUCUGGUCCCCCCGGCGCUGGCAAGUCCUCCUUCAUCGAGGUUUUCGGGAAGAUGCUGACGGGAAAAGGCCACAGGGUGUCUGUGCUGGCGGUGGAUCCGUCGUCCUGCACAUCUGGCGGGUCACUCAUGGGUGACAAAACACGCAUGAUGGAGCUGUCACGAGACAUGAAUGCUUUCAUUCGCCCAUCCCCCUCGUCAGGCACCCUGGGCGGGGUCACCAGGACCACCAAUGAAGCCAUAGUGCUGUGUGAAGGGGCAGGUUAUGACAUCGUUUUGGUCGAAACCGUCGGUGUCGGCCAAUCGGAGUUUGCGGUUGCUGACAUGGUGGACAUGUUUGUGUUGCUGAUUCCACCAGCAGGGGGCGACGAGCUACAGGGAAUCAAGCGGGGCAUCAUCGAGAUGGCGGACGCGGUGGUGGUGACCAAGGCGGACAGCGAGCUGCUGGUGCCGGCGAGGCGGGUGCAGGCGGAGUACACCAGCGCGCUGAAACUGCUCAGAAAACGCUCCAGAGUGUGGAACCCCAGGGUGAUGCGGCUGUCGUCCAGGACGGGCGACGGCGUGUCGCAGCUGUGGGAGACCAUGCAGGCGUUCCGGGAGGCGGGGCUGGCCAGCGGGCAGCUUCAGGAACGCCGCCGGCAGCAGCAGACCGUGUGGAUGUGGAGCCUGAUUCGGGACAGUGCCCUGCACCUCUUCCAGGAGCACCCAGCGGUGCGGGCAGCCCUACCCCAGCUGCAGGGCAGCGUCUCUGCCGGCGACCUCACCCCAGGCCUGGCCGCAGACUUGCUGCUCAAAGCCUUCACCUCGUCCCAGUGAGGCAGCCCAGGCUCUGUGUCCAGCCCUUUGCAUGUCUCGCCUCUCCGCUUCCUAAUUUAAUAAAUCCAUCAAACAUA